GUACACAUUGAUUAGUAGUCAAUGCACUGUACAGUCAUGCGUACUUCGAGCUAUGCACUGAUACUUUCUUCCCGACAGCCUGGUCUUAUUACCAGGCACGUAUCGAUCGUUCAAGUGUCAAACGAUCGAUAUUGAGUUCCUGAGUAUUCUGCGUUUCGGGGGCAUGGAGUGGGUAUUGAAUUGUUGAUACUGAUUACAAUUGGGGGAUAAAGCAGUUGUUGGGAGAGUUGUUGCUGGCAGUGAGACAUUGACUCCAACUCCAACAUCAUAGGCAAAUAUGCUUCCGCUUGCACCCUUUUGAUGCUCACUCUACAACGACGACGCAGUCUCGUAUAUCGCUCAUGUUCUCCCUAUGGCCCACGUUCUCUCGAUGGCUCUGGUUCCCCCUGUGGCGGAUAGGAACGACUGCCGCGAUCGUGCUGGCAUCCCUGCUGAAGCAAGUCAACGCUAUUUUAUAUUGGGAUGACCGUCCUGUGAUAUUGGAGGAAGAUGAUGUCAAUAUAUGGCCCCCAAAUAUAAGACCCCGAAAUAUCAAACGCGCACUCAAUCGCCGGAUGCAUGGUCGGGAUAGAUGCGUAGACGUUCAAUACUUAAGCCAUGGUGCGUCACAUGUUGUUCUUCUUGCAAAAACGUCUUAUAAAGAGGAGUACGUGGUGCGGGUUACGGGGUCAGUCUACGAACACUUCCAAUGGGCACAUCCCUUUUGGCAGACUUAUAAAGAAACUUCAGAGGUUGCAUCCAUGGUGGCCUUGCGAAGGCUAACCAAGAUCCCCGUUCCGCGUGUUUACCUCUUCGACGAAGACAGGGACAAUGCAGUGGGGGGUGUCUGGACGCUACAAGACUACAUGGAGGGUGAACGCUUGUAUGAAUUCCUGCCUGAACUGUCCGGAGAAGCUUUGGAGCAAAUGCUGCAAGUUUUUCACCUCGAGUUCAGUCAGAUUGGCAGCCUUCACUUCACUCGUCCUCUGAAUGAGAUUCGAGACGUAUGCGACGAUGAUCUGGAAAUUCGAGUUGGAAGACUAGUGACGCUAAGAGACCUUCGAAUGGAGAACGAGUACAUGGUCGGCUCACCCAAGGACACGGAUAUGGGUCCAUGGGACAGCUCGAAGGCGUGGUUGAAGAGCAUCGCUCAAGGUGACAUGGACUACCAGUCUUCGUUCGUGGAAUUGGACUCAAAUGACGAGCAUAUCCGCCGAAUACAACGGAUAAUUGACGAGCCCGAAGAAAGCAACGGCCUGUUUACAAGCGGUCCUCUGAGUGUCAAUGCACCUUGGUGUACAGACAUGUGGAACACGCAUAACAUCCAGGCAGUGUGCAAGGACGGCACCGUCAAGCUCGUUGCUCUGCUGGACAUGGAGGGGAUGCAAAUUGUACCACGCUGGGUUUUGGGUCGACUGCCUCUGUUGGACGAACUCCCAGAUGAGAGCUCCAGAGUCUUAUGGAAAUUUCUUCUGGAGGAUCCCCUAUACAAGCAAGCGCAUGAGCAAGGGUCAAAAGCACGACACUUGCUGGUCCUGGCGCAGAAUGCCUCGGUACCGCAUUGGGCUGACAAAAGGAUCGAGGAGUUCCGCGAUGGCGAUUGGGAAGACAAUGGAACGUUGGCAGGAUAG